CGUAUAUAUUGCUGUAUUUGCAUAUUGCAGCCCAUCCCUUCUUCGCCACUUUUUCGUAUUCUGUCCUGCGUGUCUAGGCUUGCCUUCUGUCAUCUUGAUCAUCGUCACGCCAAUACCAUUGUUCAAUCACGUCCCGCUAUGUCUUCAUACAAACCGUUGCGCAGGUCGCACAAAAAGUCAAGACAUGGCUGUAAUGAGUGUAAGCGACGCCAUAUCAAGUGUGACGAGACCCAGCCCGCAUGCACCAAGUGCUUGAACGAAUCCCGAGUCUGCAUUUAUCAAAGUCCAUUUCGUAGGGUUGCCUGCCGAUCGCCGAGCACGACUUCCGAUACGGUUACGGAACCGAGUGAUACGGCGGCACUGAGUGCAACGCCAUCCGACGGUCUCGUAUCUCAGGUGCCGACACCGUCACUGUCUACAGCCUCGGCCUUCUAUCCUACUCCAUCGGGUACGGCUGAAUACGGUUCUUCGGAUGCGCCGCUCAACAUGCGCCAUAUCGAAUUGUUUAGUCACUUUGUUUUCGAGACAGUGCCAAGCCUGGAUGAAACGAACUCCAUCGAUCGCGAGCAUGCUCGAUUCCUCAUGCCCGUUGCUCUCUCUGAGCCAUAUGUCGUACACCAAUUGCUAGCAUUAUCCGCCAUGCACAUGGGUCAUACCCAUGCAGGAGAGUCAAAACGACAUCGUGAAGAAGCUAAGACUCUACAGACACAGGCAGUGUGCCUGUUCAACGAUUCGCAUCUCGAGGUCACAAUGGAAACUUGUGCUCCUAUGCUGAUUUUCUCGAGCUUUCUUGGCUUGCAUGCGCUGGCCGAAGUCACUGCGGCUCUAGAGGCCGGCACCAGUGGAAUUCUGGACCGAUUUGUCACGUAUAUCAACUUACACCGUGGAGUCCGCGCCAUUACAGCACAAUCCUGGCAGUUUCUGAAACACUCUAGCAUCUCUUCCAUCCUCAGUCGUGCCGAACGUUCCCUAAAUGAUGCAUCGUCAUCAAAGCAUGAACAAGCUGUGAUCGUGAGCGAUCACUUGCAUGCUUUACUGGAAAAUUCGGACAUGAGCUCAACACCCGCUUCGGCCUGUCGUGAGGCCGUAUCUCAGCUGAUACUCGUAUACCAAACAGAGCCCGUUCCCGGAGAGCUGCCCACACAUGGACAACCUUCUGGUUUGAUCUGGGCAUGGCCUGUCCUUCUGUCCGGUGGUUUCGCUGAUCUCCUGCUGAUGCGUAGACCAGAAGCGCUUGUGAUCCUUUGCCAUUACGCAGUACUUCUCCAUCGUCGACGUCACAUGUGGCUUGUCGGAAACGUAGGUCAGAUACUGAUCAAGGAGAUCUCGACUUUCUUGGGCUCAUUUUGGAAGGAGUGGCUUGAGUGGCCAAAUGAGAUGAUGGUGCAAUCUCUAAUCGAUACAUAGCCAAUCAGUCAUGCGUGUAAACCGUGCGGACCUUUGACCAUACUUUCGCCCGCAAGAAGCAGGUCCCCUCUUCAGAUACGAUCACGUAAGAUCUGCUAAAUGCCCUUACGGAAGCUCCCUCAAAUCUUGUCCUUGACUCGUUACAUGUGCACACCGCUCCGUCGCCGUUGGGGACGCCCACACUUGGCAGUUGCGGACGCGUAGGUGUGGGCGUCCCUAGCAGCGAUAAGACUGCUUAAUCUCUAGGUUCAGCCUAUAUGUCUC